ACUAAGUAAAAUCCGAAACGAAAGAAAAAAAGAAAAGAAGAAGGUAAAAAACAUGGUAAGAAGAACCGCAGUCCAUGCCAUUUCAAGUCUUCCUUCGAGGGUGUGGUGGCCACAGCAAAGGAGGAAAGGAAAACGAGCCGUGGUGCGCUUAGGAAACCGACGAAGAGGGUUCUUGGUUGGACCACCGAGGAUGGUGGUGCAGAGAUGGAGAAUGAACAUCGGAAAGCCGAUGAAAAUGAUGAGAAAUAUCAUUUUGGGGAUAAUCUCAAACGGUGGAAACGUCAAGAUCUUGAAUGCUUAUCUUUGGUCUUUACCAAUUUUACGUCCUCAGUUGUUUCCACUAUGUUGAUUUUCUAACUUGUGAAAAAAAUGUAAUACUUUAUCUUGUUCUUAUUUUUAAUUUUUGUGUG